AUGUCUUCAGUUGCAAAACAAGCAGUUAAAAAAGUUGAUUUUAACAAAAUUAUAACAAAUUUAGGAUUAACUGGAUCAACAGCACAACAAUUAACAUCAUUUAAAAAAAGACAUGAUGAUGCUAAAAAAGAAUUUUAUUCAUUAGAAUCACAACCAUCUUCAAUUGAUUUUAAUCAUUAUAGAUCAAUUUUAAAGAAUUCAAAAAUUGUUGAUGAAAUCGAAAAACAAGUUACAUCAUUUAAACCAAUUGAAAUUGAUUUAUCAAAAAAUCUUAAAAAUAUUGAAAUUUUUGAAUCAAAUGCAAUUGAAAACGCAAAAUUAACUGAAAAAUCAGUUGCUGAAGAAAUUGAACAAUUAAGAAUUACAUUAAAAGAUAUUCAAUCUUCAAGACCUUUAGAAGAAUUAACUGUUGAUGAUGUUGCUGCUGCUAGUGAUGUUGAUGGUAAAGUUACUUAUAUGGUUAAAAAUGGUAAAUGGGUUGUACCAGGUUAUAGAGAAAAAUUUGGUGAUUUAUCAGUUAUGUAG